GAACGUCACAUCAUCAGCAGCAGUCGUUCUGCUGGGACCGCCGUCCUGCUCUGCCUGGCUUGCAGUCUCCACAGUAGCUCUUUUUUUUUUUUUGUGUGUGUGUAUGUAUGUGUGUAUGUGUGUGUGUGUAUGUGUUUGUGUGUGUUUGAGAGAGCCACCACUUGAACACUUUACACGACUGGAGAGAAAUUAACCUGCCGGCUUCGUGGGAGGAUCAAAGAGCCCGCUGUGGACGGAAGAAGAAACAUGUUUUGAGUGGAAGAAGACAGACUGACUUCACUUCCAGCCAGCGUUGACGCUACUUUGAUGCAGCCGCUUAGCUAACAGGCUAACUGGGAAUGUUUUCAGACAUUAGCCAGGAUGUUAGCUUGCUAGCUCAAUCGGGUGGAGGAUUUCGUUGUAUAGAUUUAGCAAACAGUGUCGGUGAUAUGUUUGUCUUUCGGUACAUCAAGUGAAAGAGCCGAGGGGACCGUCUGGAGCCGGGUGUGUUGGAUGUUUAGGGCUCGGUGCCCGCUUGGUUGCUAAUCUCCAGAAGGGACAAUAGUGAACUGAACAGGCAACAAGUCUGCCACACGCUUACUGCUUUAACGUCACUCAAGUUUGUGCAGUGUUGUUAUCAAUGACCAUGUGGUUCUAGUUAGCCAAGCAGGAGCAAAGUACAGGUGAUGCCAUACAAAGGGGAGUGGGCUGUGACGAUAGAUCCCCCAUUUCUAAGUUGAUCAAGUCCCUGUCGUAUGGGGAGAAACUGAAGCCAGAUAAUCGAUACAACUAUUGACGAGGAGGCGAAGGUGGAUGCACAAUAAUAAAUCGCCCACAUGCGUUGGAUCAGUUCCCGGACUUGUGAAAGGCAUCUGAAGCAGAAGGUGGGAGCAGUGAGCGCACAGCCCUUGCAGCCCGUGGGAAGAUGGCGGAGCGCUCCCGCAGGACGUGGUGAAACCAAAACUUGUAGACUUCUUGGAUUUCUUAUCGCCAGCCAUCUUAUCACAGAUCGUAGGACACAUGCAGGCCAAAAAACGGUACUUAACUCUGUUCUCCGCCGGCGCUUGUCUCAUUCUGUUGUUUUGUUUCGGGGGGAUACAAGUCCCGCUGUCCCGACGGGGUCCCAGCCGGCGCGAUGACCGCAGCCUCACCGGUUAUCACCCCGGGGCGCGGUGGCGUCGCUUCCCGGGGUCCCUGCAGCCUUUCAGCCCCUGGGAGCGAGGCUGGAGCGAUGAUGCUCUCAAUGAACACAUAUCUCCCAGACAGAAGAGGGACGCCAACUCAGGUGUUUACACUGGAAAACGCUGCAGGAUGGAGUCCUGCUUUGAUUUCUCCCUGUGUGAGAAGAACGGGUUUAAAGUGUACGUCUACCCCCAGCAGAAAGGGGAGAAGAUGUCAGAGAGUUAUCAGAACAUAUUAUCCUCUAUUGAAGGAUCCAUGUUGUAUACGCCUGACCCAGGACAGGCCUGCCUGUUUGUCCUGAGUUUAGACACUCUGGACCGGGACCAGCUCUCACCCCAGUAUGUGCACAACCUGAAGGCAAAAGUCCAGAGCCUCCAUCUGUGGAACGGGGGCAAAAACCACAUCAUCUUCAACUUAUACUCUGGCACCUGGCCGGACUACACAGAAGACCUUGGUUUAGACAUGGGCCUCGCAAUGCUGGCCAAGGCUAGCAUCAGCACGGAGAACUUUAGGCCCGGCUUUGACGUUUCAAUCCCUCUUUUCUCUAAAGAACACCCCAGGACAGGAGGGGAAAGGGGCUACCUGAAACAUAACACCAUCCCCCCUUAUAGGAAGUACAUGCUUGUUUUUAAGGGGAAAAGGUACCUAACGGGAAUAGGUUCAGACACUAGGAACGCUUUAUAUCAUGUCCAUAACUCGGAGGAUGUUGUCCUCCUCACCACCUGUAAGCACGGGAAAGACUGGCAGAAGCACAAAGAUGCACGCUGUGAUAAAGACAAUGCAGAGUAUGACAAGUAUGACUACAGAGAGAUGCUGUACAACUCCACGUUCUGCCUGGUACCUCGAGGACGACGGUUGGGUUCUUUCCGCUUCUUGGAGGCUUUGCAGGCAGCUUGUGUGCCAGUGAUGUUGAGUAAUGGCUGGGAGCUGCCCUUCUCAGAGAUCAUCGACUGGAAUACGGCAGCCGUGAUUGGAGACGAAAGGCUACUAUUACAGAUCCCCUCAACAGUGCGCUCCAUCCACCAGGACAAGAUCCUGUCCCUGAGACACCAGACCCAGUUCCUAUGGGAGGCUUAUUUCAACUCUGUGGAGAAGAUAGUACUGACUACACUGGAGAUCAUCCAGGACCGGGUUCUGCAGCACACCUCAAGGAGUAACCUCAUGUGGAACAGUCUGCCUGGAGGCCUCUUCACCCUGCCUCAGUACUCAACGUACCUAGGAGACUUCCCCUUCUACUACGCUAAGCUGGGUGUUAGGCCAUACACCAAGUUUACAGCGAUCGUUCACGUGGUGAGUCCACUGGUCUCCCAGUCCCAGCCGGUCAUGAAGCUCCUCGUAGCUGUGGCCAAAUCCCAGUACUGUGCUCAGGUGAUCGUUCUGUGGAACUGUGACAAGCCUCUUCCUGCAAAGCACCGCUGGCCAGUCACCUCAGUCCCUGUCAUUGUUAUAGAAGGAGAAAGCAAGGUGAUAAGCAGUCGUUUUCUGCCGUACGACACCAUCCCCACUGAUGCUGUACUCAGUCUGGAUGAGGACACCGUGCUCUCUACGACAGAGGUGGACUUUGCCUUCACAGUGUGGCUAAGUUUCCCGGACCGCAUUGUCGGUUACCCAGCCCGCAGCCACUUCUGGGACAGCAACAAGGAGCGGUGGGGCUACACUUCCAAAUGGACCAACGACUACUCCAUGGUGCUGACUGGGGCUGCCAUCUAUCACAAAUACUACCACUAUCUGUACACCACCUACCUUCCAGCCAGUCUGAAGAGCAUGGUUGACCAGAUGUCAAACUGCGAGGACAUUCUGAUGAACUUUCUGGUGUCCUCUGUGUCUAAACUACCACCCAUCAAAGUCACCCAGAAGAAACAAUACAAGGAGACCAUGAUGGGACAGAGCUCCCGGGCGUCUCGCUGGGCUGACCCGGACCAUUUCGCCCAGCGUCAGACCUGCAUGAACAAGUUUGCCAGCUGGUUUGGCACCAUGCCCCUGGUCCACUCUCAGAUGAGGCUGGACCCAGUCCUGUUCAAAGACCAGGUGUCCAUACUGCGGAAGAAGUACAGGGACAUCGAGAGACUAUAACCCUCCAAAGCCCCCCCGGCUCUCUGGACACAGCGAAGACAGAGCGAGGGGGCGGCGACGAAGAGGAACACAGAGCCUCUCCAUGAUUGCGUGGCUGGAUCAAUGGAGAAGCAAUGGGAUUGGGCACUGGGGGGGGGGGAGGAGGAGGAGGAACAGAAACUGGAACAGAUGUGGAGAACACCACAUGCAUUGGUCUGCUCUGUUGUGUCCAUUUCUUCUUUCUACCCUGUCUCUUCUGUGUAUAGGGGGAUAGCUGAGCACACAGGUCCCACUAUAUACACUAUGAGAACCACCUGCUGAAGGACACCUGAGGACUGCUCGUCUUUGAACUGAAGCGAUCAAAGUCAUGGAGUUGAAAAACCACAGCUUGCUGCUUCCAUGUCCCAUCAGUGGCAAAUCACUCGUCUGUUCUGCUCUGUGCACACAGGUUGCUCGAAGUCUUUCAUGACUAAAUAUUAUUGAUGAUUAUGACUAUGAAGAGGAUAACACUAUUUUUUUUUCUACAGUGAACGAAUGGCCAGCACUUCUCUCACUCUGUAUUGUCUUAAUUAAAACCAAUAGCAGGUGGGCGAAGGAGGAAUGACGACCCCUCGACCACAGAACUGAGUUAUGAUCGUUGAUUUGAUAUUCACAGUGCCUCAAGUUUAUCUAAUGGCGUUUGGAUCUGGGAGUCUGAGGAAAAGUUAUUGUGUGGAAUGAGCACCUUGAUCUUGCUGCUUUUGUGUUUUUUUUUUUUUUUUUUUUUCAUGAUUGGCUUAUAAUUGAUGGAGUAAUGGGUCUAGUAGUGAAUUCUUAAGGUCAGCGUUUGCAUUGCUUCCUUGCUAAAGUAAAAUGAAUAUUUAUUUGUAUUCAAUUGACAAACAAUAGGAUCCUUAUGUGCCAUUCUGAAAUAAUUUUCUUGGUAAAACUACAACUUUCUGUUUCAUUCUAGCAAGAAGUCAUUUGACAAGAUAUGGUGGGUACUUGAAUAUGUUCUGGCCUGAAGAACUAUAGAAGAUCACAAGAGUUGCCUUGGUUAAGGGAGGCUGAGCUUGCUAAUCAAGCCAACCCAUGGUCUGUUUGAAACACAAACUACUGUGAAAACUAGGGAAUGGAUCUUUUUGGGCUCGGUAAGCAAAGGAUAUUUAUAUACGGUCAUUUUCUUUAUGCCAUAGACCCAAUUCAUGUCGUCCAGGGACAGGUUUGGCAGUAGCCUAGGCUGACAAGCACUCGGCAUGGGCUUACACUGCUUUCAUCUAGAAGCAUCAAACAGUGCUUGAUGCUGUCAAUGUCAGAGUUGGCAUCAUACUAAAUAGACUACUGUAUUUUCCUGCCUUGUUAUGAACAAAUUUGACCAGAUUGACAAGAAUUCUCCCCAAACAAUUGUGAUACUGUUAAAAGGCACAGGGAGGACAUUUGGAGAAAUGCUGUCUUAAGUAAUUCAUUUCAUUUGUGGCAGUCCUUAACAUAAUAAAUGUAAUUAGAAGCCUUUCAAUUUCCAGUUUAUUUGCAGAAUGCCAAUUUGUAUCUCGGAUCAUCUCAGCCAUUCAUCUCUGAGAUUCAGAUUGGCAUUGUGCUUGGGCCUCAUUCAAGGGGUAAAGUGUGAAACCAGGAUGUUAAAGCUUCUUCCAUGACUCAGUAUGUCACAUAAAUGUCAACUUGAUUAUUCUCAUUCUGUCAGUAUCUAAUUUACUGCAAACCUGUACAUGGCAUGGCAAGAGUCAGUGUAACAUGAAAGAUUUUGGGGGGGGGGUAUUUUUCAGAUGGAUCACAAUGUUAAUUGACUGUGUUUGGUUUCAUUAACAAUCAUGCUUCAUCUUUUUUCUCAUACGUCAUAUCAGAUAAUCUGAAAAUGGAAACCGAAUUUGAUGGGCUUAGAAUUUGCACCUGUGUUUGUCAAUCACAGUUCACCUGUCCCUGAAGUGUCCCUGAAGUAUCCCUGUAAAGCCAGCAACGUUUCUGUAGAAUUCUAACCACACCUGCCCUGACACCUCCGCUGGUCCUUUCAGCCUCAUUUUCUAGGACGUUAAAUGAUCAAUUCGGUAAAUUACAUCUGUCUGUAGCCUUCCCCACAAUAUGUGCCAAUAGAUCAUACAUUUUAUUUUUUCAGCUCAUGCCAUGAAUUCCCAAAACAUUUCUUGUCUAUAUAAGAGAGAAGAAUGUGUGAGAAAGAGAGGGGGGGGGGGGGGGAAGGAAGGCGCUGCAUGGUAUUUUUCACAGCUUGACAGCAAAUAAACAAUCCUAGUAUUACUAAACACAGUGCUAUCGAGACAGCUGAAUAUGGUCGUAAACAGAAUCACAUUUCAGAAAUGAACUUGGUGCAAUAUUUAAGAUGACAUUUUCUCUAUCUUUAUCUCCUCUCCUUCCUUGUGUUGUUUCAGAGGGCAGGGGGUUAUAUAUUGAUGUGCCUUCAGAAGAAAUACACUUAUUAGUUGUCCCCCCCCCUCCCUAUCUGCCUUGUGCAACAAACAGGUCCCUGUUCUCAUUUCAUAGUAGGUUUAUUGUUUUCUUUAUCAAAAUCCAGUAACACAUAAUUGCUCCCUAAAUGAUUUUGUUUAACACUGGAAUGCUAAUAAGACUUAUCACCCCACAUCUAAUACCGACAUUCCUGCCUUUUCUGUUGUAGGAACUAUUUUCUGUUUUUUUACACAUACUGCCUUGUAUUACUUUACCUCCUGUAAGUAUAGUAAUACAUGUAACACACAUACAUAAUUAAAUCAUACACAGUAUUUAUCAGACAGGUUUGCAUCCCAACUGAAUCUCUGCCUGCUUCCUUCCCUUUCUUCUGUAACCCGCAGACCUAAUUUUAUAGAGAUUAAAAUGGAAAGAUAGAGGGGACAAAAAUCACAGUUUUUUGUAAAAGAUUUUAUAAAAACAAAACAAAC